AUGCAAGAUCCCAAUGGCUGGAACCUCGUAGGCGCCACCGUCCAUAGUUUCUGCAACAGCCACCUCUGCAACGAGAUCACUGAGAAUUCCCUCAACGUACAUCUUUGCAUCGGCAACACUAACGGCCAGCUUGUCUUUAAGAAUGGCAAUUUUGGUCACUCUUGCACUAACUGCUUCGUCCAAAACGGCAAUCAACUCAACUAUGCUGACAAUGGCGAAAUCUACGACUGGUUCGGUUACCUUGCUUGCUUCACGGCCUACCAGCCGCAGCCACUCCCUCACGGCUUCUACUGCAAGGAGCCGCCUCAGGGCUGGCAACCAGUCCCAGACAUGACCGAUACAGCCUGUGGCAAUGAUGGUUGUCCUUGCAAGACUGGAAAUUGUGGUUUCACCAUCGAUCAGGUGGCACCUGAUUUCACGGAAGGUGCAGACGCUUCUAGAGUGCCAAACAACGUGACGACUAAGCUGCCUUCGUAUCUCCAGGAGAUUGGGCUUUAA